CAGUCCUGAAGUCCAGGCCUUCGGGGAAGCCCAUCCGGAGAACCAGCUUGUGGGCCUCGGACCUGCCUCUGUGCCCAUGGCCUUGCCCACCUAGAGCCUGUGCGAACAUUGCAGCCGAGGCCUAGGGCCAGAGGGAACCUGGAAUUUUUUGCAUCUGCCAUAACUAUUGAUUGACUAUGGAUGACUAUACCAAAAUAGAGAAAAUUGGAGAAGGUACCUAUGGAGUUGUGUAUAAGGGUAGACACAAAACUACAGGUCAAGUGGUAGCCAUGAAGAAAAUCAGACUAGAAAGUGAAGAGGAAGGGGUUCCUAGCACUGCAAUUCGGGAAAUUUCUCUAUUAAAAGAACUUCGUCAUCCAAAUAUAGUCAGUCUUCAGGAUGUGCUCAUGCAGGAUUCCAGGUUAUAUCUCAUCUUCGAAUACCUUUCCAUGGAUCUAAAGAAAUACUUGGAUUCUAUUCCUCCUGGUCAGUUCAUGGAUUCUUCACUUGUUAAGAGUUAUUUGUACCAAAUCCUACAAGGGAUUGUGUUUUGCCACUCUAGAAGAGUUCUACACAGAGACUUAAAACCUCAGAAUCUAUUGAUCGAUGACAAAGGAACAAUCAAACUGGCUGACUUUGGCCUCGCCAGAGCUUUUGGAAUACCUAUUAGGGUCUAUACACAUGAGGUGGUAACACUUUGGUAUAGAUCUCCAGAAGUAUUGCUGGGGUCAGCUCGCUAUUCGACUCCAGUUGACAUUUGGAGUAUAGGCACUAUAUUUGCGGAAUUAGCAACUAAGAAACCACUUUUCCAUGGGGAUUCAGAAAUUGAUCAACUCUUCAGAAUUUUCAGAGCUUUGGGUACCCCCAACAAUGAGGUGUGGCCAGAGGUGGAGUCUUUACAGGACUAUAAGAAUACGUUUCCUAAGUGGAAACCAGGAAGCCUUGCAUCCCAGGUCAAAAACUUGGAUGAAAAUGGCUUGGAUCUACUCUCGAAAAUGUUAGUAUACGAUCCUGCCAAACGAAUUUCUGGCAAAGUGGCACUGAAUCAUCCGUAUUUUAAUGAUGUGGACAAUCAGAUCAAGAAGAUGUAGCUUUCUGACCAAGAGUUUCCACAUGUUGUUUCAAGAACAGAUAUAUUUUUACUGUCAACUCUAUUUUUGUUUUCUGUAUUUUUGUUUUCUUUGUUGUAAAACUUAAGCUUGUACUUCAUCUUCUAACUUCAGAGUUGUAACUUAAUGUAAAUAUUGUUCUAUAUGAAUUUAAAUAUAAUAAUUCUGUAUAUGUGUGCAGAUCUCACUGUUAACUAUUUGUUACUAUAAUAAAACUAUAAAUCUAA